AUGGGAGAUGCUGAGAUGAAUCGGACUUUUACUGUAAUGCCAGCAGAUGCUGAGGUACCUGAUGAAAUCAGGAAAGUGCUGGAUGAGGAUAACUUGAGCAGCAAGAGCAGCAAGCGUUCUGUCAAUAUAGAUGAAUGGAUCUCAAUCGCAAAAGAGUGCAAGUAUCUGGCAGAAGAAGACAUGAUCUCCCUUUGUACCUGCCUUAUUGCUCGUCUUUUGCGUGAGCCAAAUGUGGUACCCAUACAGACUCCAGUUACUGUUUGUGGUGAUAUCCACGGGCAAUUUUACGACUUGCUUGAGCUUUUUCGGACCGGUGGUGAAGUACCUCAGACAAAAUACGUGUUCAUGGGCGAUUACGUAGAUCGCGGCUACUACAGUCUCGAAACCGCUACACUUCUAUUUGCAUUAUUGCUAAAGUAUCCCGAUCGAAUGACGCUACUACGAGGCAACCACGAAUCUCGCAAGAUCUCCUCUGUUUACGGUUUCUAUGACGAAUGCCUUCAGAAGUAUGGUCAUUCCCUGGUCUAUAGAUGGUGUUGCAAGGUUUUCGACGUAUUGCCCGUGGGUGCCCUUAUAGAUGACUCGAUCCUUUGUGUACAUGGUGGUCUUUCGCCAGAAGUGAAAUCGAUCGACAAAAUGCUGAGCCUCAACAGAGCUGUGGAGCUGCCGACGAAAGGUCCUCUGUGUGAUCUCAUGUGGUCCGAUCCAGAAGAAGGAGAGGAAGGCUGGGUUGUAAGUCAGCGAGGGGCCGGAUGGAUUUUUGGCGCCAGUGUUGCAAAGAGCUUCUUGCACACUAAUGGCCUGGAACUCAUAUGCAGAUCUCAUCAAUUAGUUGAUGAAGGCUUCCGUUAUCUCUUCAACGAGCAGCUUUGUACUGUUUGGUCAGCACCUAACUACUGUUAUCGAUGUGGAAAUGUCGCGGCUGUAUUAUCAAUCGCUGAGGACGGCACGAGAGAUGUGAAAUACUUCAGUGCAGUACCACAAGAUCGUCGAGAAAUUCCUGACAAAGUUGUGACACCCUACUUUAUGUAAACAUAUGCUCCAUUGUUGAUCUAUGCCGCACUACUAUGCGCCGUUGUUUGUUCACUUUCUUCGGGUUAUGAUGUGAAAAUAUCCUUGUCACAUCUUAUCUUUCGCUUACAAUGAUAUCACAUGUAAUGGAAACAAUUCACUGUGCACCGCAUGAACAUAAAACUUCCAC